AUGCCUACACACUGGUUCCUCUGUUUCCUCAUCAGGUUGGUCCUGGCCGGCAGAGGAGGUGAGAGAGGAGAAAGUCAGACAGCCUAUGAACCUCUGAAGCCUCAGAGGGUCCGAUUCCAAUCUCGGAAUUUCCACAACAUCUUGCAUUGGCAGCCUGGGCGGACUCUUGCUGACAAUAGCAGUAUCUACUUUGUGCAGUAUAAAAUGUACGGAGAGAGACAAUGGAAAAAUAAAGAGGGCUGUUGGGGGACCCCAGCACUCUUUUGUGACCUGACCAACGAGACGUCAGCUCUGGAGGAGCCUUACUAUGGGAGGGUGAGGUCGGCCCGGGCCGGGAGCUAUUCAGGCUGGAGCCUCACGCCACGCUUCACUCCGGUGUGGGAAACCACACUAGACCCUCCAGUCGUGACUGUGACCCAAGCUAAUGCAUCUUUGCUGGUGGGUCUCCAUGCUCCAAAUUUGCCAUAUAGAGACCAAAAUAGAAAAAAUAUAUCUAUGGAAGAUUACUAUGAGUUUGUAUACAGAGUUUUUAUAAUUAACAACUCACUAAAAAAGGAGCAUAAAGUGUAUGAAGGCACUCAGAGGGCUGUUCAGAUUCAAGCCCUCAAGCCUCAUUCCAGUUACUGCAUAGUGGCAGAAAUAUACCAGCCCAUGUUGGACAGAAGAAGCCAGAGAAGUAAAGAGAGCUGUAUGAAGAUUCUAUGA